AUGCCUGUGCAACGACCUCACUAUAACGUUGAACUACAGGGUCCGUUAGGGUUCGGUGCCUUUGCAACAACCCUCAUGACCCUAUCAUUCUCUAUGAUGGGCUUUCGCUCCGUAUCCAACCAGACCGUCUUCAUCGCCAAUCUCUGCUUCUUGGCCGGCAUCGGACUCCUGAUCUCCGCCCAGUGGGAGAUGAUGAAGGGGAACACAUUUGCCUACACAGUUCUCGGAGCUUUCGCAUUCUAUUAUGGCGGAUAUGGAGUGUUACUUAUGCCACCAUUGGGUAUCGUCGACUCUUAUGGAGGUAAGACUACCGAGUAUUACAAUGCGUUCGGACUGUAUCUGGCAGUAUGGUCAAUCCUAAAUCUCUUUUUCUUCGUCGCAUCCUUGCCCACAAACCUCAUCAACAUCAUCAUCUAUGGUGCCUUAGAGUUGAGCUACAUCUUCAACUGCACGGCAAACUGCAUGAUGGCGGAUGGUCGUUCUGCACUCGGGACCACAUUCACCACCAUCGCGGGGGCGUUUGGCAUGCUCUCCGCGCUGGCGGGAUUCUAUAUGCUGGGCCAUGAUCUCUGCCAGGAUGCGCUGCCAUUUGAGAUCCCACUUUUUCCGACUUCUCGUCUAUUCUUUAAUGCGCAUGGCAUUGAGCGGAGACGUUCCUAA